AUGGAUGAUGUGACUGCGAUUCGACGUCUGUGGUUCAAGUCAAGUCAAGAUCAGCUGUUGAGUUUGGCCAAGGCAGUGGCCAACGCAACAGCCGGACUAGUAGUGAAAGCGAAGAACCUGGCCACUCAACCCAACUUGGAUCCGGAAGCCCAACAGCGUGUGAUCGCCGCGGCCACACAGACCGGUCUGUGUACCAGUCAACUCGUAGCUUGUACCAAGGUUCUCGCUCCCACUAUCCAUCAACCCUCGUGUCAACAACAAUUGUCCGAGGCUGCACGGGAAGUGUCGUGGGCUGUGGAUGGUGUGGUCCAGGCGUCGCGCGCUGCCGGUUUGACUUUGGCUGAACAGCCCCCGCAAGUUCAACAAUCCGUUCAGAUCGCCAUCACCGAUACGGAAACCGCGGCCACCGAGGUCCGUGACGCGUUGGAUCAAUUGAAUGCACAUCUGUUGAAAGCGUCCGCAAAGGCCUAUUCUGGUGACGCGUUGGACAAUUUCCAAUUGGCCUACGAGAAUCUGCAACAGAAUCAUGCCGGAGAUGGUCAACGCAUGGUUGCCUCCGCACGUCGAUUGGCUCAGGCCACAGCUCAAAUGAUUGCCGAUAUCAAAGCACAGGCUGAGUUGUCCGGUGACGAUCCGGACAGGCAAAGUCGUCUGUUCGCGGCGGCCAAACAGUUGGCUGAUGCUACAACCACUCUGAUUGCUGCGGCAAAGAAUUGCUCAGCUAAUCCGGACGAUAUUAUCCUACAGAACGAAUUACGCGAAGCAGCCGAGAACUUGAAUGUGAUUGCCUACUCGGCAGCAGCUGAAUUACUUCACACACGAUUGAUUCGUAGUCUGCAAGCCGCAGCUCGGGCCACCGUGACCGGAGCCACUCAGUUGGUCAAUGUGAGCCAAGUGGCCGGGAAACGGUCUCGUGGUAACACGUAUCAGAUGAUGUCCGAUGCGAAAGCCGUGAACGGAAUGAUCCCACGCACAGUGAUCAGUAUUCGUGAGUCUCGCGCGAAUCCAGAGGAUCCAAUGACCCAGAUGGAACUGAUCGGAGCCUGUGAACGAUUUGUCCAAGUCAGUCCCGUCUGA